AUGGAGAAAUAUAAGCAUAUUAGUGAUUUAGGUGUUGGAACUUUUGGGAAAGUUACUAAGGCUGUGAAGAAGGAGACUGACGAGAUUGUGGCGAUAAAAGCAAUGAAACAAAAAUUUUAUUCUUGGGAAGAAUGAAUGAAUUUGAGGGAGAUUAAGUCGCUCAGAAAACUGAAUGAUCAUCCAAAUAUUGUCAAAUUAAAGGAGGUGUUUAGGACUAAUAAUGACCUCUAUUUUGUCUUUGAAUAUAUAAAAUCAGAUCUCUAUAAAGUUAUGAAGGACGGAGUAGAUAUUAAAAGCAUAAUGUACCAAAUUUUAGAUGGUCUCAAGUAUAUUCAUAAAAAUGGGUUCUUUCAUAGAGAUCUCAAGCCAGAGAACAUCCUUGUGAGCGAAGGCAAAGCCAAGAUAGCUGACUUCGGACUAGCUAGAGAAAUCAGAUCUAAACCACCAUACACUGAUUAUGUCUCAACAAGGUGGUAUAGAGCUCCAGAGUUACUCCUGAAAUCAACAAAUUACAAUUCUCCAGUUGAUAUCUUCGCAGCUGGGUGAAUUCUAGCUGAAUUAUACCUAGGAAGACCCUUGUUUCCUGGAACUAGUGAAGGAGAUCAGUUAAUGAAAGUUUGAUCAAUUUUAGGGGCACCUUCUAGCACAGGAUGGCCAGAAGGUCAUAAGUUAGCUUCAAAAUUAGGAUAUAACUUCCCCAAAUUAAUUAAAACUCCUCUAGACGAACUCAUCCCUGAUGCGCCAAAAGAGGCAAUUGACCUACUAGAAAAGAUGUUCGAAUACGAUCCUAAUAGUAGGCUAACAGCUAAAGAAUGACUUGAGCAUGAGUUUUUCCAAGAUUAUAAGCCAGAGGCUGCUUCAAGAAGCUCUAAAUCUUGUUGGUACAGCUCUCCAGUAUCAAAUAAGAACAAUAAGCUUCUAAAUUCGAAGUAUAUACGAAUGAGCUCGAAGAAGUUUGAUGAGGAGAGGAAGAAGAGUCCUACUCAUGACAGUACAAAAGAUAUAAAGAAACCAUUGGUUUCAAAGAAUUUGAGGUAUCCCCAGGUAGGGAAGAUCAAGAACUUCAGUCUUGAUAGAGGAGGAUUUUAUCUCCAGAAUAAGCCAGGUAAAUCCCCUAACACCUCCACUUAUCCAAGCAGUCCAAAAGGGUUAUCGGUAAACAAAAGCUAUGCUAAUAAAAAGUUUGGAGGAAUUCCUUCCUAUGUUAAUACUUCAUUAAUUGGAAAGAAAGAUGUUGGAAUGAAACCGAAUAAUGUGACUAUUUCCUCACUUCGAGUUUCAAGAAACAUUAGCAGUACAAUUCAUGACGACCCCAUUACUUCAAAGGAGCGUGAGGGUUCGGUAAAUAUAACACCUCAGCCUGCAAAAAUGCCUAACUUAUCAAACCAGUCCUUUGGCUUGUACCAGUCAUCAGGUUUAGGAGGGGGAGGCCUCUCUAGAGCAAGCGGAAUGAGCCUUGGAAGACACCAGGUAUAGUUUUAAACUAAAAUGCCUCUAAUUUUGGUAA